UUAAGGGACAUGCGCAGUGAAUUACAGUCGCAGCCCAUGAAUGUUACAGCAGUCUGUUUUCGGACACAACACAGCCGUCUUCUGCCGAGCGAACACGGGGCAGGACUGGGCCAGGAAUGCCUCCAGCACUCCGGUUGAACGCCCGACUCCGAAGCCGGCCUUGGGCAGCCGCAGUCGCGGUUUGAGGCCUGGUCCUCACUCCAACCGACCGGUCCCAUCCAGGGUGGGUCCGACUCCACUACUCCGCCCUAUCUAUCGUCAUGGUGACCGAUCUCCUAUCCAAGCGUAUCCAGCCGAUCCAUAUACAGAGAAAGACUGGCCUGAAGGCUUUGCACAGCUUACUGUGGUUGGAAUGAAGCAGCACUAUGCCCUGGGCCAGUAUUUACGGCAUCGCUACAAUACCUUCCUCAACUCCUCUUAUGACCGGCAUGAGGUUUAUGUUCAGAGCACAGAUAUUGACCGGACUCUAAUGAGUGCUCAAGUGAAUCUGGCGGGUCUGUACCAUCUGCAAGGGCAUCAGGUCUUCCAUCCUGACUUAAGGUGGCAACCAGUUCCUGUGCAUACAGUGCCUGUGGAACAAGACAAGUUUCUCAAGUUCCCACUAAAAAACUGUCCCCGGUUUCAAAAGUUGCUGGAAGAGACGAUGAACAGCAGAGAAGUUCGCGAAAAAAUACAGAAAAAUACGGAUUUUCUGAACAUGGUAUCCAAUAACACCAAGAUGAAGGUGACGAUGCACAAUGAAUGGGAGGUUUACGACACUCUAUUUUGUGAGAAAACUCACAAUUUCACUUUGCCUUCCUGGGCUACGCAUGAAGUGAUGGCUCGUAUGAGAGAACUGAAUGACUUUGGCAUGGAAGUAUUCUUUCAACUUCACAAGACACAAGAGAAAUCGAGGCUGCAAGGGGGUGUCCUUCUCAAACGAAUUCUGCAAAAUAUUAAUCAGGCAGUAAAUGAGUCUACUCCCAUGCCAAGUCUCAAAUUAAUCAUGUACUCAGCGCAUGAUGUGACACUCAUCGCUCUGCAAAUGGCACUGAAUGUGUACAACUAUAUUAUUCCCCCGUAUGCCUCCUGUUUUAUGUUUGAGCUGUAUGAAGAAGAUGACAGGUCCUUCACAUUGGAUAUGUACUUCAGGAACCAGUCUGAUUCUGAGCCACAUCUUCUGACUCUUCCAAAUUGUACUGAACAUUGUCCCUUGCAAGACUUCAUCCGCAUCACCAAGCACUUGAUCGCUGACAACUGGGAAGAGGAAUGCAAAAUCUCCAGUGACUCUAACCAAACAGGGCUGGUGCUGGCUGCGGCAUUGAGCGUGUGCUUUGUCCUGUUGAUCGUGUUGGGGAUGACACUGUACUGGUGCUGGAACUGGAAAAUAUCACGACUCUGUGUGCCAACCAGCAGCGACGAGCUGGCCUGACUAUCGAUGGGUUUGCUCAGCCUGGACGACCAGGAAGAGUGCUGACUAGGCUCACAUUCCAUCUAUCCGGGUCGAUGGCUGCUGGAAGAACCUGGAGAUGUGAGCUUACCAUGCAGUUUCCUUGUGUACUGCAGUGUUGUGGGGAGGGUCAUUGGUAUCAGCCCACCCAUGCUUGGCAAACAUACUUUCUGCCUUCUCUCCACAAUGCUCAAUACCGCUGUCCUGUCCAGCAAUUUUGAUUUUGGAGUGCUCAUCCACUCCAUGGUGUCCUCCCCUCAUUACCAUCAGCCCCCAUAACCUCUGUUCUUUGUCCCCCACCUCUGGUCCAAAGCCUGGAACUCCACACCUGGAUUCCUCCUUCCCUCCCUCCUGGCCCGGAGCCUGCAUACAUUCUCCUCGCCACUGGUGGAGUAUCUAGGCCUAGUUUUAAACACGAUUCAUGUGACUUUAACUGCCACUUACCUGAUCUGUGGCAGCAUCAAAUGUUCUGCCCCUUCCAUCCUCUUACAUAACUAGACAAGAUACCUCAACCAAUGGGACCAAAUGCUUUCUGUCCUUUUACAAGUCACAUUUUGCUAAAACCAUAAUUUUAGUUUAAGCUGAUGUAAAUAUUGCAAUGUGUUGUGGAAAUUAUUUUAAGUCAGGUGGUUCCAAUCAAACAGCCAGCAUUGGAGAACCUCCGGUUUAGAAUUCUGCUGUGAUAUAAAUUUACAGCUUAGCUGCUUUGCUGUGAUUUCCCUUCCAAUAUUUGAUGUAUUUAUCCUUGAUGAAUCAGUCAGCAGAGUGGGAGCCUGACUCGUGACCAGUGAAUGAUCUGUAACUCAGUCCCCUUUCCCCUGCCUCCGACUGCAAGGAAAAGACAGUGCUGAUGUUGCUCAGGCUGAGCUGUUUAAUGUUGGACACUUGGUGUGUCAGUGUCAUAGGCUGCAUGUUGUUCAAACAUGCAAUUGUUCCCAGAAAUCCUUUGAUACAUAGACCCUUCUUAAAAUGUAUCUGUGACAAUUUUGAUUGAGGCCACAGGAGUACAGUGCAGCAUGCAAAUUAGAAUGCAGGACCUCGGCUUUGUUUGUGUCACUUUAAAUGAAAUUGGAUCAAACUAAUGCAACCUCCUCACCUCCACAAACUCUCAUUGUGAUGGAAGGUCAAAGGGUGAAACUAGGAUUUACCAAAUGAACCAGCAAGAUUGCCCUGCCCUGGAGCGAGGGCAGGAAUGGGCACUGGCGUAAUGUCUCAGGUCAACACUGAAACUGGAAAUGGUCAGGCAACAUGCUGUACAUAUGUAAAAUGCUUGUGCUAAUAGACAAUAUGUCUAAACUGAUGUAUUCAUGGGUCAGGAAUCCCUUGAACACCUGAACUCCACAAUGGAUCAGUGUGUAUUGUACAACAGGGGUCCCCAACCUUUUUUGCACUGUGGACUGGUUUAAUAUUGACAAUAUUCUUGCGGACCAGCCGACCCGGGGGGUGCGGGGGGUAGGGUUGCCAACGGACAAGAGUAGCAGUCAAAUACGUUGCGUUUACCCCAAAAAGACUACAAUGACCAUGAAGCCUUGCGCGGGCACCAGUGCGCAUGCGUAACCUGCGUAUGUGUGCGCCUGUCGAUUCUUUUUUUCCCCCUGAAAAUUGGUUUUGGCGAUUCUGUUCAGUUGGGUGGGGGUGGGGUGUUAAUCAUGUCUGGAAUAUAAGUGAUAAGUGGCUAAUACACUCAAUUUCGUUUCUAAAAGGGUUUAUCUAACGAAUUUAAUAUUAAACACACAGCGCAUAUUUUCCUCGCAUGAAUACGGUGAUAAGUCAAUUAUCGGGGAGGACAGGGGAGCUUGAAGUAAGUGUUGAACGAACUUCCAGUAGAAGUGGUAGAGGCAGGUUUGAUAUUAUCAUUUAAAGAAAAAUUGGAUAGGUAUAUGGACAGGAAAGGAUUGGAGGGUUAUGGGCUGAGUGCAGGUCGGUGGGACUAGUUCAGAGUAGCGAUCAGCACAGACUAGAAGGGCAGAGAUAGCCUGUUUCCAUGCUGUAAUUGUUAUAUGGUUAUAUAAGUCAAUAGCAUCAUAACAUUUUAAGUAAUGUUUGGAUAUUAAACACACAGCACAUAUUUUCCCCGUAUGAAUGUAUAAAAUCAUUGCAACACACCAAUAUCGCUGAAUCAGUGGGAGCCCUGGGCUUGUUUCCCUGCAACAAGACGGUCCCAUCGAAGGGUGACGGGAGACAAUGAUACUCGAAGGGGGUUCCUUAUGUCCAGUCUAUUCCGCAGUUUAGUUUUCAUUGCACUCAUUGCAGAAAACUCCGCUUCGCAGAAAUAUGUUGGAAGCAACGUUUUCGGUGCUUUUGUGGCUAUCUCAGGAUAUUUAGCCUUGACUUUGAUUCGGAAUGCUGGCAGAGAUGUUAUAUCAAACAUACUUUUCAGCCCGCCGUCAUUUGCAAGCUCGAGGAGUUGAUCUCCUUGCCGCGCUGACACUAAUAAUGACCUCUCAUGCGUAAUGGCUCAGCAGUGGCUGUGACAGGGAAUGAGGAAAGGUGCAGCUGACUCAUAUCGCCAAAGCAUAUCGUUUCCUCAUGGCCCGGUACCGGUCCGCGGCCUGGUGGUUGGGGACCGCUGUAGUACAAUAUAACCUUUACCAAAUGUGCCUCUGUGCCAAAUAAUCUAUAAUUAAUUCUAAUCAAGAGGAAUCUUAUGUGUAAUAUCUCUGACCAAGAUGUGUGUGUUGUAGGUAUUAAUCAUCAACAAUAAUGAUCAUUUAGGCACAGAGAGAAUCUGAACCAAUCAAAGUAUUUGUCAGUUAAUAGUUAACAACAAGCAUGUAAAUUUACAAAACUAAUUGCCUGUGCAUACACCCACUAGGUUUUCCUGAACCUCCCUAAACAGUCAAAGAAUAAAAAGGAAUCUAUGCUCGCCAGACAUUCUUCUUGAUCUCAAUGUAAUCUCCACAUUUUCUAUGUGGAUGGUUGUUCUCCAAAGAUGUCACUGCCUGUACUGAAAUCCUUCACUUUUGUAGGCUCAGACUCAUCUGACUCAUCUGUGUCAGCGUCUCAUUAGAUCUGGCCCAUGGCCCAAGCAGUCUGCUUGUUUAUUUAUUCAUUCCAACUCAGACCAAUUCAAACCAGUCUAGUCAGGUCAGCUAAACGCAAACAACAGGGAUUUUGCAGAUGCUGGAAAUUCAAGCAACACAUAAAAGUUGCUGGUGAACGCAGCAG